AUGUGGUUGUCUACUUCCAGCGUUAUACGCUUGACCGCGGAAAACACUCUGGGAAAGACGACUCUAGGUAAGCCAAAGGUACAAAAGGCUACGUGGUUUUGGAACGAGGAAGUUCAGGCGGCAAUUCGUGAGAAGAAGUCCAAGUAUAAGCUCUGGUGGAGGACGCGUCAGCCUGAAGAUCGGGGUGCUUACCUAGCGGCGAAGAGGGAGGCUAAGAAGGCAGUCUCCAAGGCGAAGUCGGACCGCUACAAGGCUGUGUACGACAUGCUUGAUACCAGAGAAGGCGAGCGGGCAGUGUAUCGUUUAGUCAGAGCACGUCAUCGCUCAACGUUGGAUAUGGAGCACACCAAGAUCGUUAAGGGAGCUGAUGGAGCCGUUCUGUGCCGCUCUGGUCAGAUCCUGGAGAGGUGGCGAGAGUACUACAAUCACUUGUGUAACGAAGAGUUCUGUCAUCCUCCCAUCCCAACCGUUCCCAGCGUCGAGGGUCCUGUUCUACCAACUACUGCCGUCGAAGUCAGUGCUGCCCUCGCAAAAAUGAAGUCGAACAAGGCAACCGGUCCUGAUGACAUACCUGUUGAUAUCUGGAAGCUGCUAGGAGAUCGAGGGUCCAUGUGGCUCGCAACUCUAUUCGACAAGAUCGUUGCAGAAGGACGGACUCCAGACGUUUGGCAAACUUCCGUGACCGUGCUUGUCUGGAAAGGGAAAGGAGACAUUGCUGACUGCACCUCGUACAGGCCUAUACGACUGUUCUGCCAUACGAUGAAGGUUUUUGAGCGUGUCCUGGAAGCUCGUCUGAGGAAAAUUGUUAGCGUUUCACUCAACCAGUGCGGUUUUGUGAAGGACUGCAGCACUAUGGAUGCUAUCCAUGCUGUCCGAAUCCUCCUGGAGAAACAUCGGGAGAAGAACCGCAGUGUGCAUCUUGCUUUUCUCGAUCUCGAGAAAGCUUUCGACCGUGUCCCACAUGAGCUGUUAUGGAUGUCCAUGAGGUCGCAUAGAGUACCAGAAGAAUAUGUGCGGUGGACGAAGCUGCUUUAUGCGAAGCCUACCAGCGUUGUACGAUGUGCUGUUGGAACAAGCAGGCCAUUCCCUGUACGAAUAGGGGUUCAUCAGGGUUCAUCUCUCUCACCUCUGCUGUUCAUACUGUGCAUGGACACGAUAAUGAAGGAAAUCCACAAGCAGCAUCCGUGGACUCUACUCUUUGCCGACGAUGUCAUGCUCGCGUCGGAGUCUCGAGAUGGUCUUCAGAAACAAGUGCAGUCUUGGAAGGAUCAGCUGCAGCAAUAUGGAUUGCGCCUCAACACAUCAAAAACUGAGUACAUGGAGUGCGGACCAAGGAUAGAGGAUGGUUCAAUUCGUGUUGAUGGCACCGAAUUAAACAAGGUGAACUGCUUCAAGUACCUUGGAUCCAAAGUGACUUCCACAGGCGACAUUGAUCAAGAAGGUCGAGCACGUGUUAAUGCUGCAUGGAUGAAAUGGAAAAUGGCAACAAGGACAACUGUACUGUGCGACAAGAAAGUCCCUGUUCGACUGAAGUCGAAGAUCUACAGGACGGUUGUGCGUCCUGUUGCCCUUUACGGAUGCGAGUGCUGA